CUUAUUUAAAAAUGAAUUAUGAAUUAUAAGGUGUGAGAUAACAAGUAGAAGAUUCCACCACACCACACCACCAAACUAAUUGCACUUGCAGUUGUUGUAUUCAAGCUUAAGGAACCGACACACCCAACCCAAUCAAACUAAUACCUGUCGGUAACCACAACCUUACACAAAAAAUCAUCACUUCCACUGUCUCUGUGUUUGUGUUUGUCUCUGUGUAUGCUCUUUAUGUUUUGCUUCAACAUUUCAACUCAUUAAGCUCAACUCAAGUCAAUUUAAAACCCUUUUUUUUUCCCCUUUUUUUACUCAAUGUUGGUCCAAGAACGUUCUUCAGCUCAAAAACCUUCAAAUCUAAAUCCAAAUUCAAAUCCAAAUUCAAAUUCAAAUCCAAAACCCUAUUUGAGAAAAACCGAUCUUCCUACAAAUCGUUUCACAGAGACAAAAAACCUCGAUUUCUCAGUAUGGGUUUCCGAAAAUCUCUACAAAAUCGUUUCAGUUUUACUUCUUGUAGUAACCGUCGCUGCACUUUUCUUCCUUCGUAACAUCGGAGACACCGCAGCGUUACUUUGUUUCGAGAAUAAAGCGCGUGAUCUUGAGAAGAUCGAGUAUCCGCGCGUGGAUUGGAAUAGAAUUACUCCAAUUUAUGAUAAGACAUCGAGGUACGCUAAUUUUCGGUCGGAGAAAUGGAUCGUGGUUUCGGUUACGGGUUAUCCGAGUGAUUCGUUGAAGAAAUUGGUGAAAUUGAGAGGGUGGCAGGUUGUGGCGAUUGGGAAUUCGGGUACUCCGGCAGAUUGGAGUUUGAAAGGUGCGAUCUUUUUGUCUUUGGAGGAACAAGCUAAUUUGGGGUUUAGGGUUGUUGAUUAUUUGCCUUAUGAUUCUUAUGUUAGGAAAAAUGUUGGGUAUUUGUUUGCAAUUCAACAUGGUGCUAAGAAGAUUUUUGAUGCUGAUGAUAGAGGGGAAGUAAUUGAUGGUGAUUUGGGUAAACAUUUUGAUGUUGAUUUGGUUGGUGAAGGUUCUAGACAAGAUGUUUUGUUACAGUAUAGUCAUGAUAAUCCUAAUAGGACUGUUGUUAAUCCGUAUGUUCAUUUCGGACAGCGUUCUGUUUGGCCGAGAGGUUUGCCGUUGGAGAAUGUAGGUGAAAUUGGGCAUGAGGAGUUUUAUACUGAGGUUUUUGGUGGGAAACAGUUUAUUCAGCAGGGGAUUUCUAAUGGUCUUCCUGAUGUUGAUUCCGUGUUUUAUUUUACAAGGAAAUCGGGUUUGGAACCGUUUGAUAUUCGAUUUGAUGGGCAUGCGCCGAAAGUUGCGUUGCCUCAGGGUAUUAUGGUGCCGCUAAAUUCUUUUAAUACAAUGUACCAUGCUUCUGCAUUUUGGGGUUUGAUGCUUCCGGUAUCGGUUAGUAGAAUGGCUUCUGAUGUGUUGAGAGGUUAUUGGGGACAGAGGAUUCUUUGGGAAGUUGGUGGUUAUGUUGCGGUUUAUCCACCUACUGUUCAUAGGUAUGAUAGGGUUGAGGCUUAUCCCUUUUCGGAGGAGAAAGAUCUUCAUGUGAAUGUCGGUCGUUUAAUCAAGUAUUUGGUUUCGUGGAGAUCGAAUAAGCACAGAUUGUUCGAGAUGAUCUUGGAUUUGAGCUUUGCAAUGGCAGAGGAAGGUUUUUGGACUGAUAGGGAUGUGAAAUUUACCGCUGCUUGGUUACAGGACUUGCUAGCUGUUGGUUAUCAGCAGCCAAGGUUAUCUACUCUGGAUCUCGGUCGUCCAAGACCGACUAUUGGUCACGGUGACCAGAGGGAGUUUAUUCCACAAAAGUUACCGUCUGUUCAUCUUGGGGUUGAAGAAACUGGAGCUGUGAAUUACGAGAUUGCUAAUUUAAUUCGAUGGAGAAAAACUUUUGGGAAUGUUGUGCUUAUCAUGCAUUGCAGCGGGCCUGUUGAACGUACGGCCCUUGAAUGGAGGUUGCUUUAUGGGAGAAUAUUCAGAAGCGUAGUUAUUUUAUCAGAAAAGAAGGACGUAGAUCUUGUUGUACAGGAGACCCAUUUGGACCAAGCAUACAAGUAUCUGCCAAAAAUAUUUGAUCAAUUUAGCAGUGCAGAAGGAUUUUUGUUUCUGCAGGAUAAUACAAUUCUUAACUAUUGGAACCUAUUGCAAGCGGAUAAAACCAAACUGUGGAUCACUAAUAAGGUACACGAGUCUUGGUCUUCUGUUUUGACCGGAGACAACAACGCCGACUGGUUAACUCAACAAGCAAGCAUGGUACAGAAGGUUGUUAGCAUGAUGCCAGCUCACUUUCAAGUCAAUUACAAAGAAACAAGUAACAAUGACAAGAACCUCUUGUUAUGCAGUUCCGAGAUAUUCUAUGUUCCUCAACGCUUGAUCAGUGAUUUUGUUGAGCUCGUUAACCUAGUUGACAAUCUAGAGAUCCAUCAAAAGGUUGCAAUUCCUAUGUUCUUUGUCUCCAUGGAUUCUCCACAGAAUUUUGAUCCUGUUCUUGAUACAACGAUCUACAAGCAAAAACCUCCAACUAAUUCCUCGACUCUAUAUUCCGCUAAAGUCCCUGCUGUUCAUCCGUGGAGUGUAUCAAGUGAACAAGAAUUUAUAAAACUUAUCAGAAUAAUGGCUGAAGGAGAUCCACUCCUAAUGGAAUUGGUUUGAAAGGUAGAAACUGUCUCUUGAUACUAAGAUGAGGAGAUAGGACCAAGAAACAUGCAUCACUUGGAUAAAACUUUUACACGGUCUCUUCUCAAUCAAAAAUAGUGUUACACAGUAUUUUCAUUUUUGUUUUUAUCUUUCUUCUUAGGGUGGUUUUUUAACCUUUUUUUUCUUUCACCCCUUUAUUGUAGAUUUGUUUCACAUAGAAAAUGUAUUAAUGUAUUUUUUUUCUUUCUUUUUUGUGAAAAGAUGAAAUGAAAAUGUAUCUGUAAUGACUAAUGAAUAUUGCAAUUAAAAGCUCUCCAUUGAGAGAUUCUUUUUA